AUGUUGAACAGGAUGCUGUCACCACACGAGCUGGCCGUCAGCCGGUCAGAGCCGCUCCCGCCUGCAGACAGCAUGCUGCCGCUCCUCCUCUCUGUAUCCAUCUCGCCCCCCUUCUCUCAGUUCUAUGAGUAUGACAAUGUGUUACUGAGCUGCAAUCAGCUGGACUCUGGGAACUGGACGGUGUGGAGAUACACGACCGGAGGUUUUAAGCCGUCUGAAUGCGGGAAGAACUGGGGCGUGUGGACGAUGUCCAUCUGCACGAUGAAGACAGUGAAGCCGACGGACAGCGGCGUGUACUGGUGUCAGUCCCAACUCAAAGACAGCAGCAACACCAUCAGCAUCAGUGUCACCGACUCAAAGGUGAUUCUGCAGAGCCCCGCCCUCCCCGUGGAGCCAGGACACGACGUCACGCUUCACUGCAAAACCAAGAAGUCCUCCAGCCUCGACUUCAGGCAGACUUCUUUCGAGACCACUCCAGGAGACUUCUUUCGAGGCAGCUCCCGCAUCAGAACCCAGUCUGCAAGUCACAUUAUCCGCAACUUCUCCAGGUCUGAUGAAGGCGUCUACAGAUGUCAAAGCGGUGGCGUCGACUCUCCAACCAGCUGGCUGCUGAUAAAAGAUGAUUCCGAGCCGGCCUCACUCACGCCGUUCCCUGACUUGGCUCAGCUGUUUGAGUACGAGAACCUGUUCCUGAGCUGCGGGUUCAACAGCAGCUUCUCCGGGUGGAAGGUCGUCCGGUCCAACAUGAACCCCAUCUGUGGAGAAAAGUAUGGGAAGGCUAACGAGUCCGGCUGUCAUAUCACCACCGGCAAGGAGCACGACAGCGCCACCUAUUGGUGUGAGUCUCCUACAAAGCAGAGGAGCAACUCUCUGGACAUCACUCUGUACGACAAGAAGGUGACCCUGCAGAUUCCUGUCCUCCCUGUGAUGGAGGGACAUGAUGUCACUCUGCGCUGUAAAAAAAGGAAUUCCUCCGACUACGCAGCUGAUUUCUUUAAAGAUGGCUCCCUCAUCAGCACUGCGCCUGAAGGUCACAUGACCAUCCGCCAUGUUUCCAGGUCUGAUGAAGGUCUCUACAAGUGCAACAUCAGCGGUGUUGGAGUGUCUCCAUCCAGCCGGCUGCUGGUCAGAAGUCCUCAUGGCGCGGCGGGGCCCGCUGCAGAGCCGACCCCGUUACUGCUGACAGUGAUGCGCCACCUGCUGGUGGUGUUUCCGUACUGCAGCGCCACAGCGCUCAUGCUGUCGGUGUAUCGACGCAGGUCCCCAGGGAGGAAGCAGCCUGUUUCCAUGACGAUGUCCCCGACCAGCGGGGAUGAUGACCCCAACUAUGACGAUGUGGACGCUGAUGUCACCACCGAGCAUCAUUUCUAAACGUUCUCUCCUCAUGUACAUUUUAAAUACUUUAAAAAAGAUGUUUUUCUAUUUUUGUACAUGAUACGGCUGGAGUCGUUUUGGUUUGUGUGAUUAUUAUGUCUCUCAGGGCCUCCUCCUGCUCCUCCUGCUCCUCAGGGGG